AUGAUGCUGAACUCAGUGGUGAACGUCUGGGUGGAGUAUCGAGCUGGUAGAUCAUGGCCACGAGACCCUUUCACUGGUCAGGUCAAAGACCCCAUAAUCCUGCCCGAUCUAGGCUUCCAAUUACUCCCUUAUAUUCCCAACGACAUCUUCGGCUUCAGUCUAGCCGAUGUGUCUAUGAACAUUGUGAUGGGCAUCGCAGUGGUCCGAGCAUUCGCAGGGUCCAAACCGGGACAUCCCUUCAUCGUGCUAAAGCGAGUGCUCCUCUUGAGCUCAGCCUCCUACCUAGGCCGGGCCAUCUCUGUGCCCAUCACCAUGCUACCUAGUCCGGACAUGCGAUGCGUACCCCACCUCGUUGAGGGCAGCAUGUUCUG